AGUCUUCUACAUCUGUAGUCACUGACAGCACGAAAGACGGGAGUUUCGAGGCCCUCAAGUGAAAUCUAAAAUAUUUCAAGCGAAACACGUUUUAAAAUUCUCCCACGAUUCUAUUACCAGUAUAAAUUUACCCCGGGUGGAUGGAAAUUCUAUUUCAGAGCCAUACACAAUAAUAUUGUGUAAUUACGAUUAAUCACUUUUGUAGUUAUUCGACUAUUAUCAACGACAGGUUUCUUGAACAUUAUUUUUCUAAUUUAAUUCAAUAAUACAUUAAAUAUUUACUAUUCAAAUCAUCAAUUACAUUAACAUUAUAAAUUUUCAUAAAUAAUCUUAAAACAAGUAUCUCGUGGAAUAUUUCCGCAAACCUGAAGCGAUGUUGCGAGCAAGCUCAGUACUUUUAAGCGAAUUCCACGCACCGCCGGAAGAAGAAGGAAAGGAAGACUUCAGAGUAGGAGCUACCGCGCGUAUCCAGCCACUUUCAUUGUUAUUCGAUCUGCCUUACACCAAAGGUGCAACAUAAGCACUCUCAUCUUCGGAGGAAUCAACAAACACUUGUCAUACUAGCUUUUCCAUUUUCUGGAAAAAUCGUUCUCGCAACACCGAAUUUUCAAAGGAUAAGGACACGGUAGCCGCCUCUUAAUAAAAAAUCAUAAGAACGAUUUUUCACUUUAAAAAAAUUUUUAAAUCGUUUACUGCACAGACAUCACUGCACUUAUGAAAGUGAGAAUAAUAAUAAUUCCAUCUUGCACCUAAUAUUUUUAAUCUUUGCACGGAAAGAACGAGAAAGGAGAGAUUUGUAAUCAGAACAGAUAGGAGAAAAUACAAUAAUUCUGUUGGGAAGAAAUUGCAAAAUCGGUAUAGUGGUAGCGGGUUAACGGAGCGCGGAAGCAACAGAUGAAAUCAACGUUGAGUCGCGCAUUAGCAUACAAAAAUAGUGGAGUUGGCCUUAUUCGUUUCUUACGCUCGCGAUUCAUACGUUCUGCCGAGACAAUAAGAUUUCGCGUCGGACGUUGUAAAAAAGAAAAAUAGUUGCGUGUACCUGAAUGAAACACCAUGGUGUUCUAGUAUCGGCCAAUUAGGAAAUUGGGAAACUUACGUUGCAUUUGUUGCUGGGAAACUGUAUUGUUUUUCAUGCUGUAACGUUGUCCGUUUGUUUCAGCGUUCAAGAACAAAGUUCGCUGUAAAAAGGAUCGUUUGAAUUUGCAAAUCGAAGAAGCGUUGAGUAACACGAGAAAGAAGCUUUGCCGAGUAGAAAAUAUUACUACCAUAUAAAAAGGGUGAAUUUAAUUUACGUUCUAUUCGCUUUGAAUGGGUAGCAGGAAAUUAAUUCAGCGAAGAUAAGAAACGAAACUCUAUAUACAUAUAAUAGGAAAUCGAGGAGUAACAAUAGAGGCAGCUCGAGUUGAACAAACUGUCCGAAUUAUGCUUCCUGGUUUUCACCCGAUUGUCGCUGAAACAGAGACGGAAGGAAGACGCAUUCAUGCUCUGUUUCAGCGGCUCGGAUUCGCUGAGUUUCUACAGGAUAUACCUACGGCGAUAUUUUAAUGUUACCGUCACACGUGAAUCUGUACGGUUCCUUGCAUUCACCGAAUCUCGAAAGUGUCAUUGCAACUGUGUUUACCAUUGAAACUCGAGGAACAAUGACUUGGCCACCUCUUUUCUAUGUACACGUUAAACGUUUAAUGGUUUUCACCUUGAGUUCUUUCUGCUUUGAUGAUCUGUAGAUUUCAGAGUGCAUCCUCCUGUUGCAAUUUCACCAAGUUGAAAGCCAGGAUGAAAUAUUUUAUUUUAAAUUGUCAAGGAAAGAAUGCCAACUACUCCUUGGUUCAUUUAAUUAAAUUAUGAUUAGAUUGUAGAUUUUAUUUACUCAUUUUCUAUAUUAUUGGUACAGAUGACGAUCAUCUGGCUACCAGUGAUUUUGUUGCUGACGUUCAGGUCGAUUAUUCCUGUUCUUUCAAACGUUGGUAAUUGGGAAGUCUGCGGUGGAAGAUUGGAACGUGCUCUGGAUACACUUCACAAAGAUUCUAGUAGAAGAAACAGAUUAAAAGAAGAAGAGGCUGGCAUGUUUUAUCAACAAGAACUACGUUCUGCACCUCUCGAGAUGUCAGUCUCCCGGAUUGCCGUUAAACUACCACAAGGGGCCAGAGACACUGGAAAUCCAUGGGCAAGGGUGGAAAAGUGUGUUUAUGAGCCUAAUAAUAAUUCCCUUCAAACUCGAGUGAUGUUCAACGACUUGUCUGUAACUGGAUUGGUAUCAUUAAUGCCACGGGAUCAUCAACCACCGAUACCAGCAGAGUCUUGUAGGAUGACACUAAGAUUAAGAAGAGCAGGAGUGGAUUUUUUGACUAGCCCAAUUGCUCGUGGCAGAGGGCAGAUGCGUAUUCGAACAGAGUCUAGUUUUCUAGAGCCAAGAUUCGCCUCUAUUUACGCUUAUGGUUGUCAUCCAACGCGUUUGGAUAAACAGAUCAAGAGGCAGGAUAAAUGGCCUCCAUUCUAUCCACCUCGAGACGAGUACACAUUGUUGUCUGCAACACAUGGCGAGGACUACGAGGCAGCAGAACCAAGGCAGUUGGUGGGUGUUUCAAAGGAAGUGGAUGUUGUAAUUCCAAACGAGACUCGUCAGUCUCGUUUCCUAAGUUCACCAGUUGCAAAACUAGGUAUUUGGAGGAAAAACGUUUGGCUCACUAAGCCUUCGCCACAGGAAAGAGGAGCUCUCGUCGAGUCCAGCUUUCUGAAAGGUCCCUUGAGCAUUCUACGCUUUCCAGGAUCUUUCGAAAGUAGCCAGGAAGUCAGUGAUCGUUCCAUAAGAAUCUCAAGAUCAGUGGAGACAAUCGCCUCUCAGGGUUGUGCAAGCUCGUUGACCAGUAAGAGACCUACAGCCAAUGAAACUGGCAAUUGUACCGAAGGACAGAAGAGUCUGAAUAAUGUGACUGAGAUUUCUUUGAGGAGUUUGAACGACAGCGAGACAAAGACGAAUUUUAAAAGAGAGAACACGUAUCACGAUGCUCCAAAGGAGACCAGACAAUUGUACAUUGAUGAAACUUUGGAUAAUAUAUUUCCAACCGAUUUGGAGAAUGAUAGUAGAAGUUGGCAGUCUAAAGAACACAUUGCCAGAGAAAUGGAAGAUGUAUUUCUUCGAGGUGCUAGCCAGGCUUUGACCAGAUAUAUUGAGAAACAAUUGCAUCCUGCAAUUAAGGAGACACUGAUGAUUUCUAUGGGAUACACCAUUAGUUAUGGAUAACGCACGCUUCCUUUUUCGCUUGUUAGCAACUUUUAGAUGGCUAAUUUCAGUUGUAGCACAUGGUAUAGAUAGCGAGGAAAUCCAAGUACAAUUGGAGUCACGGUUUUGACGUUGAUGUCUAGUCUUAUCUUAAUUAAAUUGGAAUUACAGUUUAGUUAGACAGAAGGCUUUAAUGAAAGAAUAAGCUGAUCGAAGCUGUACAGCAAUAAACGAAAAUUUCAAAGUAUUAUAGAAUUAUUCAUGUAAUAGAAUAACGGUUUUAAAUUCUGAGGGACGUUGGUUCCUUCUUUGGGGUAUUUAAUGUAUUCUAGUACUUGUAAAAUGUUAUAA